AUCUUCAACGCCAACAGUCCAUCCCCUUCCCGCCCUUUGGUCCUGUACUGUUCUCUAUCGUCUCCGUGUUGCUGCUCGUCGAACCCUUCUCACACCGUAAACCCAACCCAUCCGUCAAAUCACCAACAAUGGCGUCCGCAGCGGGAGCAGCGCAGAAAUUCAAACUCGUCUUCUUUGUCCCCGUGUCCUCACUGCAGGCGUGUAAAACCGCGAUCUUCAAAGCGGGAGCGGGGAGAUGUCCUGGACCGGGGAAUUAUACGGAAUGUGCUUUUACGACGAAGGGAGUGCAGCAGUUUAGGCCGGGUGAGGGGGCGAAUCCUAAUAUUGGGGAAGUGGGUGUUUUGGAGGAGGUCGAAGAGUGUAGGGUGGAGACGCUUUGUGUCGGGAGGGAUGUUGCUGUGAAGGCGGUUGAGGCGUUGAAAGAGUGAGUUAAACUUGACCAGACCGUUUUUGGAGAGAGGUUCAAACAUCUUUGGGAGACAGGGUUCGCUGAUGAGUUUUAGAGCACAUCCAUAUGAGGAACCUGGUUACGAGGUGUACAAGAUUGAGGAUAUGUAAGGAGCA